AUGUCCUCCUCCUCCUCUUCUUCAAAAUUAACUACUAUAAAUACUUCAAACAACGAAUUUCAAUCUCCUACAAAUUCUUUUCGAGAUAACGAGCUAAAAUGGAAUGGAUGGGGAUAUAUUCACUCAAACUUUGAGCUUUCGCCAGAGAAUGGGCAUUUUUAUAUGAGAAGCAAAAAAUAUGCCGACUUGGAUGGAAAACCUCUUCCCGACCUUAGGCCUUGGGUAGAGAAAAAUCUUGGAAUUGAUGUAGGACUUAGAACGCCGAGUGUUUCUCUUCAAUCACUUCAAAUUCCAUCUCCACUAAUUUCUAACCCACAAUUUUUGGAAUUUCUUCGACUUGAGGAUAUUUAUUAUUCGGAUGCUCCAUUGACCAGACUUGCACGUUCACAUGGACAAACAUUGGCAGAAAUAAUUUCUAUUAGAAAAGGAAAAAUUGGACGAAUUCCUGAUUUGGUUAUUUGGCCAAGAAAUGAGAAACAAAUUUUAAAAAUAAUUGAAGGAGCUAAACAAUUUGAAGCUUUAUUAAUUCCAAUAGGAGGCGGAACUUGUGUUUCACAAGCAUUAUUAUGUCCAGAAAAUUCUCAAAAAUUAAUUUGUUCAGUAGAUAUGGGAAUGAUGUCUUCAAUAUUAAAUUUGGACGUAAAAAAUAUGACAGCAACAGUACAAGCAGGAAUUCUUGGUCAGGAUUUAGAGAAACAAUUAAAUGAUAGAGGAUUUACGUGUGGACAUGAGCCCGAUUCACUUGAAUUUAGUACAUUGGGCGGGUGGAUUUCUACUCGCGCCUCAGGAAUGAAAAAGAAUAAAUACGGCAAUAUUGAAGAUUUAAUACUCUCUGUGCGUAUUUGCACCAGUCGCGGUAUUUUACAACCCAGAAGGCUAGGACAGGUACCACGCCUAUCUUCGGGGCCCGAUUUGUUACAAAUACUGCUUGGGUCUGAAGGACAAAUGGGGGUGAUAAGUGAGGCUACGAUAAAAAUAUUUCCUAUGCCAGAACAGCGCUGCUUUGGUGCUAUAAUAUUUCCUGGUAAGUUAAUUUUAUAAACGAAGAAUAUAAGAAAUGA